GCACUACAGAUCUACCAAUGGCAGUCCUGUUUUCUGGACCUACGCCAAAGACGCGUUUAGCGGUGUGAUGAUGCAGUAGCUCGGCACCUCCUCGGCUUCACUGACAGGUGAAACUGGGAUCUACCUGGAAAUCCCUGCAGGGGUGCCCAGUUUUCACUGGGUUCUUGACGCCUUGACCCUUCAGCUGACAGUGAAUGACAAAGCAAAGGUCAGUGCGUGUGCGCGCGCGCGCAGCCGGGAUUCAAAGCGCAUCUCCACAGCGGCACAAGACGGCGCUCCUGGGAGAAUGAUAGAAAGCGCUUUGAAAGCUGGUCGAUAGCGGCGGAGACAGCUUCGGCUUCGGCAGGGGGAGCAGCAGCGGCGGCGGCGGCGGCUCCAUCGCGGCCACCCUCGGACCGAAGGCAGGCCCACUGAGAGAGGAGGACUGCAGCACCAUGGACAGCUCAGAUAUGGACGCUGGCUAUGGAGGAGGGCUGUUGGACAUGGUGAAGGGAGGAGCUGGCAAGUUCUUCAGCAACUUUAAGGACAACUUAAAAGACACUCUGAAGGACACCUCCACAAAGGUCAUGCAUCAGGUCGCCACGUACACUAAAGGAGAGCUGGACAUUGCGUAUAUUACAUCAAGGAUCAUAGUCAUGACAUAUCCUGCUGAGUCAGUCCAGAUUGGCUACCAAAACCAUGUUGAGGACAUCCGCUCAUUCCUCGACAGUCGUCAUGCCGACCACUACACAGUUUUCAACCUUUCGCAACGAAACUACCGUGGCGCCAAAUUCUCGAACAGGGUGUCAGAGUGCAACUGGCCUUCUCGCCAAGCUCCUAGCCUUCACAACCUGUUUGCUGUGUGCAAGAACAUGCACAACUGGCUCAAACAGAACCCAAAGAAUGUGUGUGUCAUCACCUGUUCGGAUGGCCGUGCUCCCUCCGGCGUUUUGGUCUGUGCCAUGUUCUGCUUCUGCCACCUCUUCAGCCACCCAGUUCCUGCCAUGCAGCUGCUCAGCGCCAAGAGACCAGGAUCCGGACUCUGGCCCUCACACUGCAGGUACAUAGGUUAUGUAUGUAGCAUGGUAUCAGAGAAGCCCACUCUGCCGCACUCCAAGCCCUUGGUGAUCAAAGCCCUCACUAUGAGUCCAAUCCCCUGUUUCAACAAGCAGCGCAGCGGCUGUCGGCCCUUCUGUGACGUCCUGAUUGGAGAGACAAAGAUCUUUACCACAGCUCAGGAAUACGAGAGGAUGAGAGAGCACAGGAUCCAGGAGGGGAAAGUUGUUUUCCCCCUCGGUGUGAGUGUUCAGGGAGAUGUUGUGGUUUCUGUCUACCACAUGAGGUCAACGAUUGGAGGGCGUCUGCAGUCAAAGGUGUCCAACACUCAGAUCUUCCAGAUCCAGUUCCACACUGGCUUUAUUGCUCCUGGAACCACCAUGUUAAAGUUUAACAAACCGGAGCUCGAUGCCUGUGACUCCCCGGAGAAAUAUCCUCAGCUGUUCCAUGUGAUCCUUGAUGUGGAGGUGGAAGGAGUGGACAAGCAGAAAGACUUGACGCCACCGUGGGAGCAGUUUCCCUGUAAAGACCUGAGUCCCAGUGUGCUCUUCUCCGGCCACCAGGAGCAUCAGGACGCACUGGCUAUUGCAGAUGAGAUGGAGGGCUUGGAUCUGGAGGAACCAAGUCGGCAACACGGAGAAGGUCGGGCCCAUUGUGAGGAGAGCGAGCCCUCCGAUGAUGAAAUGUUGUCGCUGUCGAGCCAGCGAAGCAGCAUCAGCGCUGCCUCUCAGAAACCAGAACCUGCAGCUCCAGUUCCUGCCGCACCGGCACCCACUGAAGAAGUGGACCUUCUUGGCCUGAGUGGGGAAGACAUCAACCGCCCGUGCCCCUCUUCUCAGCCUGCAGCGGCUGCAGCCACUGACCUCCUGGGAGAUUUGUUUGGGGCUCCGCCGCAGCCGGCCAGUGCGCCUUCAUCCACCCAGUCCACUCCGCACAAAGUGGCCCCCAAUUCUGCCUCACCGAGCCCGUCCCCUGCUCCACCAGCAUUUCAUCCUUUUGGAACAGCUCCUAUCCCUAAGCCUCAGGAGAUGAUGGGCUCAUUCCUCGGACCAGGUAAUGUGGGGCAGCCAGACCCCUUUGUGCAUGCUGCUCGUUCUCCAUCACCCACCCUGCAGCCUACAAGCCUGGGCAGAAGCUCCCCUGUCCCACCCGCCACACCUACCGUCAACAUUCAGCAGCAAAAUGCCAUGGGAGGUUGGGACUGGAACAGACCUGCCACCACAAACACAGGGGGGGGUUUUGGUAUUGGCAGUCGAUCAGCCACUACCAGUCCGACAGGUUCAGUCCACAGCACGCCCACCCACCAAACUAAGCCAAACACCUUGGAUCCAUUCGCCGACAUCGGAAACCUGUCUGGAAGCCUUGGAGGUGCUUCUGGAUUCUCCAGCAAGCCCACCACUCCAACAGGAACAACUCCGUCCUUCCCACCAAUGGGUUCCCCGUCGCGGCCGCAGCCGUCCCCUCAGCACACAGGAGGCUGGCAGCCCCACACGGGAGCCAACUUCUCCUCCUGGCAGCCCAGCGCCGGAGGUGGCGGAGGCUGGCAAGCCCAAGGACAGGGUCCGACUGCCCAACCAAAGCCCAGCCCCAGCCACACCUCCAUUCCUCACACAUCGCCUCAGAAUCGACCCAACUACAAUGUUAGCUUCUCGGCGAUGGGAAGAGGCUCUCCGAGCGCGGGGGGCAAACCACAGGCGGGAACGGGUUGUAAGCCCAGAGCUUCGGAUGCUAACUUUGAUGACCUGCUGUCCGGUCAGGGAUUUGCAGGGACCAAAGAGAAAAAAGGCCCCAGGACAAUAGCAGAGAUGAGGAAGGAGGAAAUGGCCAAAGAGAUGGACCCAGAGAAAAUUAAGAUUUUGGACUGGAUCGAGGGGAAGGAGCGUAACAUCCGCGCCCUGCUGUCCACCAUGCACACGGUGCUUUGGGAGGGGGAGACACGCUGGAAGCCAGUGGGCAUGGCUGACCUGGUUACCCCGGAACAGGUCAAGAAGGUUUACCGCAAAGCAGUGCUGGUUGUUCACCCUGAUAAGGCAACAGGACAACCUUAUGAACAAUAUGCCAAGAUGAUUUUCAUGGAACUGAACGAUGCCUGGUCAGAAUUUGAGAGCCAAGGACAAAAGCCUCUCUACUCCUAAAAGCAAGUGAAAAGAAGUGAGCAACGUCAGGAUGCUCCUUCCAGUUCUGUGUUCUAACCCCUAAAAGUGUCACCACCUUUGAAAUGACUCACCAUGUAACAUCAUCUGCCUUUAUACCUGCGCUUUCACUCGGAUUGCUCCUUUUGCCCAAAACUCCUAACAUCGGUGACGGCAACAGACGACCAGACAGACAAAAGAAGCGUCGCUGAACACAGACGUAUGCUCUCUGUACGUACAGUAUGUGGUGCAACAGCAACAAAGCUCAAUGACCCCUUCCCUGACCCCUCAGAUCAACUCAAUCAAACCAACAGAGACGUCUGGCACACGGAGCUGUUUGAAAACAGGAUACCGCAGGAUAAGAGAAAAACAAAUCAGGGAGCACAUUCAGCAGAUAUUUCAUCGACUGCUCCUUGUCAGAGCUACAGAGAUAGCAGAUGCUCUUACUGUAAGGCACAACAAGCAUUUAUAUGCAUUUAUGUUAGCUGGAAUGUAGAGUUUGCUCUUUGAUCUGUGUGAAAAUGCAUUCAGGGUCUGUUGUGAAAUCCAAUCCAUAGGAAGGGUAAAUUAAAAGGCAGCAACAUCAAGUUACUGUAAAAUUAUCUGAAGGUAGGUUUUUAUUCCACCAAACAUUUUUUGUUCGUUGAAAUACCAUCAAUAUGUGUUCAGCAGAAUUAAGAUUUGAUGAGUUUUCUGAGAUUUUAUUUUAUUAUUAUUUUUUUUUUUAUCACUUUUGCCUUGUCAAGUUAAUGCGGUGUAAAGACAUUCCUGGAGGAUGUGUUGAUGCCAUUCUUUAUUUCAUGAUGGUGUUCCCAGGCAAAACUGUGAGUGUACUAGAGAGAACCCCAUCCAUGAAUGCUUUACUUAAAGCAGCUACCAACAUGUCUUUUUGGAAAAGUUGCUUUUCCAGAUGUCUCAAACAGUUUUAAAUGAGGCUUCAGUCGAUAAAAUAACUUUACUUAAUUCCUCCAGCCCAUUCCUGGUACUUCAUGUAAAACGUUGGUCUUUCCUUGAUGUUUGUGUUCGCCUCACAUGGGAAAACACCCACACAUCCCUGCUGCCAUCCCUGAGUAAGCUCUGCACUCAUGGCAAUUUCUUCUCCUUGAAUUUGUUGAUGAUUUGACACAUUGCUUGUUUGUGUGCAUUCUUAAUAUGUGAGGCUAUUCACAUGCAAACCAAUGAUGAUGGCCUGUGCUUCCGUGGAGAUGAUAAUGACUGACAAAGUAAGAUUUAGAGAGACACUCACUUUUAAAGCAACUAUUGUGUUUUUCUAAUUCAAUCAGAGCCGUCUGCUGCCCCGUCCUUGUUAACACUUUGCUCUGAGCUGAUUAUAAAAUCACUGAAUCAUUUUUGUGGCAGAACUAAAACACAUCAUGAGUUCGUUUUUUUUUGUUUUUAUUAAAUUUGCAGUAAUUGGUUUUAAUCUAAUAAGAA